UUUGGCCAGGCAUUUGAUGAUGCAGCAAGCAUGGAGCAUGCAUUCAAGCUGAUAGACUUAUUUGGGAGCCUGUUGGAACGGCCAUUGAUAGCAACAGAUGUCUAUGCUAAAUAUCAUCUUCUCAUUACCAUGUUCGACAGAGAUCUGGAUGAUGCUAAACUGAUCUACCUGAAACAUAUUCAGGAGGAGAUGGAACUAGGUUACUCACCAGUCCACAGGAAUAUGCCGCUGGUGGCCGGAGGAGUUCGCUGGGCUCGGGAACUAAAAGACAGGAUCCAGAUUCCAUUUAGUAACUUCAGGCACCUCACCCAGCUUUGCCUGGACUCUGCUGAAGGCAAAAGAAUGGUGCAAAAGUAUGAAGAUUUGAUGCAGUUGCUAGAAAAGUACCAAGAGAAGCUUUAUAAGGAGUGGAUCCAGACUGUGUCUGAAAAAUCGCAGUAUAAUCUAACUCGGUCACUUAUCCAACGGGACUUGGAGAGUAAACUGAUUGCUGUCAAUUUUGACCCUCAGCUGGUGUCUGUUCUAAGAGAAGUGAGAUACCUUGGGCCAGUUCAGGUUGGGAGUAUUCCGGAGACGGCAGCAGAAAUCUAUUCUUCCAGGGAGUCCUUCCGACAGCUGGUAGCCAAUCUGGAGUUGAUGGUCACUUGGUACAACAAGAUCCAGCGCACAGUCUUGGAGGUGGAAUACCCCCUCGUCCAGAGCCAGUUGCAAGAGAUUGAUAUUCAGCUGAAAGAGGCAGAAGAGAUAUUAAACUGGAAAACAGAAGGUCUUUUGGAUCGUGUUUCACGUGUGGUUGAUAGUGUUCGAGAUCUUGAGCAAAGAAUCCAGAAAACUAAAGACAACAUUGAGGAAAUUCAGAAUAUCAUGAGAACCUGGGUCUUGCCAGUUUUUGAAAGAAAAGAUGGGAAAAAAGAAUCUCUGCUUUACUUAGAUGAGCGACAUGAUCGACUGGACAAACACCAUCAACUCAUCACGGACUCGGGGCAUAAAAUUCAUUUUCUAAUCAAGGAAAACCUGAGACUUUUUGCAGCAGAUCCAGCUUCUGAAGUUUGGAAAGCUUAUUUAGAGCAUGUGGAUGAGAUUGUCCUGGAUGGAUUCUUCAGUGUCAUUGAAUGUUCACUUAAGUAUCUUUUGGAAAACACAGAUUCCAAGGCAGGCCUUGCUCCCCUCUUCAAAGUGCAGCUGGAUUUGUCUGUCCCUGAGAUGAUAUUCCGUCCUUCUUUGGAUGCUGGUGCUAGUGAUGGCUUCUAUGAUAUAGUUGAGGCUCUCGUCAACGAUGUAUACCGUGUCUCUUCUCUGGUGCCCAGGCUCGCGGACCACAGCACCUUCCCUCAUUAUCAGGCUGACAUGGAGGAGAUGGGUGAUCUUGCUGACAUGCGCCACAACCUGAUGGAGCGUAUCCAGAAGACGAUGUCAGUUUGUUGUAACUAUCGCAGCUCCUUCGACCACUACUCCUAUCUGUAUGUGGAUGACAGGAAAGAGUUCAUGCGCCAGUUCCUGUUGUAUAGUCACGUCCUGAUUGCAGAGGAAAUAGAGGCCCAUGCUGAGGAUGGUGUCCCAGAGACUCCUCCUACAUUGCAGCAGUUCAAAGAGCAAAUAGACUCCUAUGAGAAGAUCUAUGAUGAAGUGAGUCACUUGGAGCCCAUCAAUGUAUUUGAUGGCUGGAUGAAAGUUGAUGCCUCUCCCUUCAAAGCAUCUCUUUUGGGGAUAAUUAAAAGGUGGAGCUUCAUGUUCAAGCAGCACCUCAUUGAUCAUGUGACUCACAGUUUGGCUGACCUUGAAGAGUUUGUAAAAAUUGCUGAAAGAGGUUUGAGCAACAAGGUGGAAAAAGGAGAUUAUGAGGGCUUGGUGGACAUUAUGGGCCACCUGAUGGCUGUUAAAGAUAGACAGACCAGCACUGAUGAGAUGUUUGAGCCCUUAAAACAAACAAUUGAAUUGCUGAAGAUCUAUGAACAAGAAUUGCCAGCAGAAGUUUAUAGACAGCUGGAGGAGCUGCCAGAAAAAUGGAACAAUGUGAAGAAGCUGGCAAUAACCGUGAAGCAGCAUGUGGCACCGUUGCAGGCCAAUGAAGUGACAGUUCUUCGCAAGAAGUGCGCUGUGUUUGAUGUGGAGCAGCACAAAUUCAGAGAGAGAUUUCGCCAAGAGGCACCAUUCAGGUUUGACGCAGCAAAUCCUUACCAAAUGCUGGAUGCAUCCCACACUGAGCUUAAGCAAAUGGAAGUUACCAUUGCCUCAAUUUAUGAUUCAGCUGAUUUGUUUGAAGUCAACGUUCCAGACUACAAGCAGCUGAAGAAGUGCCGGAAGGAAGUGUGCAUUCUUAAAGAACUCUGGGAUAUGAUCUCCGUAGUGACUUCUAGCAUGAAUGACUGGGAGACUACCAAAUGGAAAGGUAUAAAUGUGGAAAACAUGGAAUUGGAGUGCAAAAAGUUUGCCAAAGACACCCGGAGUCUGGAUAAAGAAAUGAGGGCUUGGGACGCUUUUUCUGGGUUGGACAACAGAGUAAAAAACAUCCUGACAUCAUUGCGAGCGGUGUCAGAACUACAGAAUCCUGCCAUCCGUGAGAGGCAUUGGAACCAAUUGAUGCAAGCAACAGGUGUACAAUUUGUAAUGGAUUCAGACACCAUCUUGGCAGACUUGCUGAAACUCAACUUGCACAACUUUGAGGAUGAGGUUCGGAGCAUUGUGGACAAAGCCAUUAAAGAAAUGAGCAUGGAGAAGGUUGUGAAAGAACUGAAGACAACCUGGGCCAGCAUGGAAUUCCAAUACGAACCUCAUCCCCGUACAAAUGUCCCACUGCUGAAAUCGGAUGAAGAACUGAUUGAGACCCUGGAAGACAACCAAGUCCAGCUGCAGAAUCUGAUGACAUCCAAGUACAUUGCUUUCUUCUUAGAGGAAGUGUCUUUCUGGCAGAGGAAGCUGUCUACAGCAGACUCUGUAAUUUCUAUCUGGUUUGAGGUUCAGCGGACCUGGUCUCAUUUGGAAAGUAUAUUCAUUGGAUCAGAAGAUAUUCGGGCACAGCUUCCUGAGGAUUCCAAGCGCUUUGAGGGAAUUGAUGUUGAUUUUAAAGAGCUGGCAUAUGAUGCUGAAAAAACCCCAAAUGUAGUUGAGGCAACCAACAAGGCUGGUCUUUAUGAACAACUGGAAGAUAUCCAAAACAGAUUAUCUUUGUGUGAAAAGGCUUUGGCUGAGUAUUUGGACACUAAGCGGUUAGCCUUUCCCAGAUUUUACUUUAUUUCCUCUGCCGACUUACUGGAUAUUCUUUCAAAUGGCACCAACCCACAGCUGGUUCAGCGCCAUCUUUCAAAACUCUUUGACAACAUGGCCAAGAUGAAAUUCCAGGUGGAUUCUGACCAAAAUCCGACCAAGUUGGCUUUGGGGAUGUACAGUAAAGAAGAGGAAUAUGUUGCUUUUAGUGAACCCUGUGACUGCAGUGGGCAGGUGGAGACCUGGCUGAACCGUGUGUUGGACCACAUGCGGGCCACUGUGAGACAUGAGAUGACGGAGGCUGUGAUGGCUUAUGAGGAGAAAGCCAGGGAACAGUGGCUUUUUGACUACCCUGCACAGGUGGCACUCACCUGUACCCAGAUUUGGUGGACCACUGAGGUUGGGAUUGCCUUUGCCAGGCUAGAAGAAGGCUAUGAGAAUGCCAUGAAGGAGUACUACAAGAAGCAGGUGACCCAACUGAACACCCUCAUCACCAUGCUCAUUGGACAGCUCUCCAAGGGUGACAGGCAGAAGAUCAUGACCAUCUGCACCAUUGAUGUGCAUGCUCGGGAUGUGGUGGCCAAGAUGAUCGCUCAAAAGGUGGACAAUGCACAAGUGUUCCUUUGGUUAUCACAACUCCGGCACAGAUGGGCAGAUGAGGAGAAGCACUGUUUUGCAAACAUUUGUGAUGCCCAGUUCCUAUAUUCCUAUGAAUACCUUGGGAACACACCACGCCUGGUCAUCACUCCUUUGACAGACAGAUGCUACAUCACCCUCACCCAAUCCUUGCACCUAACUAUGAGUGGGGCUCCUGCAGGACCAGCUGGUACUGGGAAGACUGAAACCACUAAGGAUCUGGGCCGAGCUCUUGGCAUCAUGGUGUAUGUUUUCAACUGCUCAGAGCAAAUGGACUAUAAGUCUUGUGGGAACAUUUACAAAGGUCUUUCCCAGACUGGUGCUUGGGGCUGUUUUGAUGAGUUUAACAGAAUCUCUGUUGAGGUGCUAUCAGUGGUGGCUGUACAGGUGAAAAGCAUACAGGAUGCUAUAAGAGACAAAAAACAGAAUUUUAAUUUCCUCGGGGAAGAUAUUAAAUUGGUUCCAUCUGUUGGUAUUUUCAUUACCAUGAAUCCUGGCUACGCAGGUCGUACAGAGUUGCCUGAGAAUUUGAAAGCUCUUUUCAGGCCGUGUGCAAUGGUUGUGCCAGACUUUGAACUGAUCUGCGAAAUUAUGCUGGUGGCAGAAGGAUUCAUAGAAGCCCGUCUCUUAGCUAGAAAGUUCAUCACCCUGUAUCAGCUCUGCAAAGAACUGCUCUCCAAGCAGGAUCACUAUGACUGGGGAUUACGUGCAAUUAAAUCAGUCCUCGUUGUUGCCGGAUCCCUCAAGAGAGGAGACCCGGACCGCCCUGAAGACCAGGUGUUGAUGCGCUCUCUUCGGGACUUCAACAUCCCCAAGAUUGUGACCGAUGACAUGCCAGUGUUUAUGGGUUUGAUUGGGGAUCUCUUUCCUGCUUUGGAUGUCCCCAGAAAGCGAGACCUUGGUUUUGAAUCCUUUGUCAAACAAGCUGUGCUGGAACUCAAACUUCAGCCGGAGGACAACUUUGUGCUUAAAGUGGUGCAGCUCGAAGAGCUCCUGGCAGUCCGGCACUCAGUCUUCGUGGUGGGCAACGCAGGCACCGGCAAGUCUCAGGUGCUAAAAUCCCUAAACAAGACCUACCAUAUCAUGAAGCGGCGCCCUGUUUGGACUGAUCUCAAUCCAAAAGCAGUUACCAAUGAUGAACUCUUUGGUAUCAUUAAUCCUUCAACGAGAGAGUGGAAAGAUGGAUUGUUCUCAUCGAUUAUGCGAGACUUAGCUAAUAUUACACAUGAUGGCCCCAAAUGGAUUGUGCUGGAUGGUGAUAUUGAUCCGAUGUGGAUUGAGUCUCUCAAUACUGUCAUGGAUGAUAAUAAGGUGCUGACUUUAGCAAGCAAUGAAAGGAUUCCUCUCAAUCCCACCAUGAGGCUGCUGUUUGAGAUCAGUCACCUGCGAACCGCCACCCCAGCUACUGUCUCCAGAGCAGGGAUCCUUUACAUCAAUCCAGCUGACCUGGGAUGGAAUCCCCCUGUGAGUAGCUGGAUAGAUAGACGAGAAAUCCAGUCUGAACGAGCAAACCUGACAAUUUUGUUUGACAAGUAUUUGCCAGUUUGUCUGGACACCCUUAGAACCAGAUUUAAGAAGAUUAUUCCAGUUCCUGAGCAGAGCAUGGUUCAGAUGUUGUGUUACCUCCUUGAAUGCCUCCUCACUAAGCAGAAUACCCCUCCAGACUGCCCCAAAGAGCUCUAUGAACUUUAUUUUGUCUUUGCUGCUAUCUGGGCCUUUGGUGGAGCUAUGUUCCAAGACCAGCUUGUAGACUACAGAGUUGAAUUCAGUAAAUGGUGGGUGACAGAGUUCAAGACCAUCAAGUUUCCUUCCCAGGGAACAGUCUUUGACUUUUACAUUGACCCAGAAACAAAGAAAUUUGAGCCUUGGUCCAAGCUCAUCCCCAAAUUUGAAUUUGAUCCAGAAAUACCAUUACAGGCCUGCCUGGUACACACCAGUGAAACCAUUCGGGUGCGCUACUUCAUGGAUCAGCUCUUGGAGAGACGCAGACCAGUCAUGCUGGUGGGAAAUGCAGGGACUGGAAAGUCUGUGAUUGUAGGAGACAAGUUGUCUUUGCUGGAUUCUGAGGAGUACCUAGUGAAGAAUGUGCCUUUUAAUUACUACACCACGUCUGCCAUGCUGCAAGCUGUUCUCGAGAAGCCACUGGAUAAAAAGGCUGGGAGGAAUUAUGGCCCCCCUGGCACUAAGAAGCUCAUCUACUUCAUUGAUGACAUGAAUAUGCCUGAAGUUGACACCUAUGGAACAGUUCAGCCUCAUACCCUGAUUCGGCAACAUCUGGACUAUGGGCACUGGUAUGACAGAAACAAGCUGUCCCUGAAGGAAAUCAUGAAUGUGCAGUACGUGUCAUGCAUGAAUCCCACAGCAGGCAGCUUCACUAUCAACCCACGCUUACAGCGCCACUUCAGUGUGUUUGCCCUCUCAUUUCCUGGGUCAGAUGCUCUGUCCACCAUUUACAGCACCAUCCUAUCACAGCACCUCAAGCGGGGGAACUUCUCUGGGGCUUUACAGAAAUCAUCUCAACAGUUAAUAAAUCUGGCACUUGCCCUGCACAUGAAAGUAGCAGCAACAUUCCUUCCAACAGCUAUCAAGUUCCAUUAUAACUUCAACCUAAGAGAUUUCUCCAAUGUCUUCCAAGGUAUUCUAUUUUCAACUCCUGAAUGUUUGAAGACUCCCCAGGAGUUAGUAAAGCUGUACCUGCAUGAAUCCAACCGUGUUUACCGUGAUAAGAUGGUUGAUGAAAAGGAUUUUGUCAUCUUUGAUAAAAUGCAGACAGAGACUGUGAAGAAGUUUUAUGAUGAAAUAGAGGAGACCUUGGAACAGACUAGGAAGAUGAACAUGUUUUGCCAUUUUGCAAAAGGGGUAGGGGAGCCCAAAUACAUGCCUGUCCAGAGCUGGGAAUCCCUGAACCAGAUCCUAGUGGAAGCUUUGCAGAACCACAAUGAGGUCAAUGCUGCCAUGAAUCUGGUGUUGUUUGAAGAUGCCAUGUGCCACGUCUGCCGGAUCAAUCGUAUCCUGGAAUCUCCCAGAGGGAAUGCACUGCUUGUUGGUGUAGGAGGAAGUGGGAAGCAGAGCCUGACAAGACUGGCAGCUUUCAUUAGCUCACUAGAAGUUUUCCAAAUCACCUUGAGGAAAGGCUAUGGCAUUCCUGACCUGAAGGCAGACCUGGCGGCACAAUACAUUACAGCAGGAGUAAAGAAUGUGGGCACUGUCUUCCUUAUGACUGAUGCUCAAGUGGCUGAUGAGAGAUUCUUGGUUCUGGUAAAUGACUUGCUAGCUUCAGGAGAAAUUCCCGAUCUUUUUCCUGAUGAUGAAGUUGAAAAUAUCAUCAGUAAUAUGAGGAAUGAAGUAAAAGCCCAAGGAUUGAUGGAUACCCGGGAGGCCUGUUGGAAAUUCUUCAUUGAUCGGGUUAGACGGCAGCUCAAGGUGGCUCUCUGCUUUUCCCCAGUGGGGAACAAGCUGAGAGUCCGCAGUCGGAAGUUCCCAGCCAUUGUGAACUGUACAGCAAUAGAUUGGUUCCAUGAGUGGCCUCAGGAGGCCCUGGAGUCAGUCAGCCUGCGCUUCUUGCAAGGGACAGAAACGAUCGAGGCUUCCGUGAAAGAAUCUAUAAGCAAGUUCAUGGCUUAUGUACAUACCAGCGUUAAUGAGAUGUCCCAUUCUUACCUGAGUAAUGAACGCCGUUAUAACUACACCACCCCCAAGUCAUUCUUGGAGCAAAUCAAACUCUAUCAGAAUUUGCUGCUUAAAAAGGGGAAAGAAUUGACAGCAAAGAUGGAGCGGCUAGAGAAUGGCCUGCAGAAGCUCAGCAGCACUUCCGCACAGGUAGAUGAUCUCAAGGCAAAGUUGGCAGCUCAGGAAGUGGAACUGAAACAGAAGAAUGAAGAUGCAGACAAGCUGAUCCAGGUGGUGGGCAUAGAGACGGAAAAAGUCAGUAAGGAGAAGGCCAUUGCUGAUGAUGAAGAGCAGAAGGUGGCCUUGAUCACGCAGGAGGUUCAGCAGAAGCAGAGGGACUGUGAAGAGGACCUGGCGAAAGCUGAACCGGCCCUUGCUGCUGCCCAGGAAGCCCUUAACACACUCAACAGGAACAAUCUGACAGAACUGAAGUCAUUUGGAUCACCGCCUUCCGCUGUCAGCAAUGUCACUGCUGCCGUGAUGGUGCUCAUGGCCCCAGGUGGAAAGGUGCCCAAGGAUAGGAGCUGGAAGGCAGCCAGGGUGGCCAUGGCCAAGGUGGACAGCUUCCUUGACUCCUUGAUCCACUUCGACAAAGAGAAUAUACAUGAGAACUGCCUCCGAGCCCUGCAGCCCUAUCUCCAGGAUCCAGAUUUCAAACCUGAGCUUGUGACGUCCAAGUCCUAUGCAGCUGCCGGCCUCUGCUCCUGGGUCAUCAACAUUGUGCGCUUCUACGAAGUCUACUGUGACGUGGAGCCCAAGCGGCAGGCUCUCAACAAAGCGAAUGCCGACCUUGCUGCUGCCCAGGAAAAGCUGGCUAACAUCAAGGCCAAAAUUGCACACCUUAAUGAAAACCUGGCAAGGCUCACAGCCAGAUUUGAGAAGGCCACAGCGGAGAAGCUGAAAUGCCAGGAAGAAGCUGAAGCCACCGCAAACACCAUUUCCCUUGCAAAUCGUCUGGUUGGGGGCCUAGCCUCUGAAAAUGUGAGAUGGGCUGAAUCCGUGAAAGACUUCAAGCUGCAAGAGAGUGCGUUGUGUGGAGACAUCUUGCUGAUAACUGCCUUCGUCUCCUACCUGGGUUAUUUCAGCAAGAAAUACAGGCAGGAUCUGAUGGACGGUGUGUGGAAGCCAUAUUUGCGACAGCUAAAAGUUGCAAUCCCUGUCACUCCCUCGUUGGACCCUCUGAUGAUGCUGACGGAUGAUGCUGAUGUAGCAGCCUGGCAGAAUGAAGGGCUGCCAGCUGACCGCAUGUCCACCGAAAACGCCACCAUCCUCAUGAACUGUGAACGCUGGCCGCUCAUGGUUGACCCCCAGCUCCAGGGCAUCAAAUGGAUCAAAACCAAGUAUGGUGAAGAUCUCCGAGUGACCCGGAUUGGCCAGAAAGGGUAUCUGGAUAUGAUAGAGCAGGCCCUUGCUGCUGGUGAAGUUGUUCUGAUUGAGAACUUGGAAGAAUCCGUUGACCCAGUCUUAGGUCCACUGCUUGGUCGAGAGACUAUUAAAAAAGGAAGGUACAUUAAAAUUGGAGAUAAAGAAUGUGAGUUUAACCCCAGUUUCCGCCUACUUCUUCAUACGAAGCUAGCAAACCCCCAUUAUCAGCCAGAAAUGCAGGCACAGUGCACCCUCAUUAACUUCACGGUGACUCGGGAUGGCCUGGAAGACCAGUUGCUGGCAGCGGUUGUCAGUAUGGAGAGGCCAGACCUGGAAGAACUAAAGUCUGAUCUCACAAAGCAGCAAAAUGGGUUCAAAAUAACGUUGAAAACUUUGGAGGACAACUUGCUGUCCCGCCUCUCCUCUGCCUCAGGGAACUUCCUGGGAGAUACAGCCCUGGUGGAGAAUCUGGAAGUCACUAAACACACAGCUGCAGAAAUUGAAGAAAAGGUCCAGGAGUCCAAGGUGACAGAAACCAAGAUUAAUGAGGCAAGGGAGCACUACCGUCCUGCAGCGGCCCGUGCUUCCCUGUUGUACUUCAUCAUGAAUGACCUAAAUACCAUCCAUCCCAUGUACCAGUUUUCCCUAAAGGCAUUCAGUGUCGUCUUUCAGAAAGCUGUGGCAAGAGCUUCUCCAGAUGAAAACCUGAAAGAGAGAGUAACCAACCUCAUUGAUAGCAUCACCUCCUCUGUGUUCCAGUAUACAACACGGGGGCUGUUUGAAUGUGACAAACUGACUUACACAGCCCAAGUCACAAUCCAGAUACUUCUGAUGAAUAAAGAAAUCAAUGCCGUAGAACUAGACUUUCUGCUACGAUAUCCUGCCCAACCAGGAGUCACCAGUCCAGUAGACUUUUUGUCAAAUCAGUCAUGGGGUGGCAUCAAGGCCCUGUCAUCCAUGGAACAGUUUCGCAACUUGGAUCGAGAUAUUGAGGGUUCUGCCAAGCGCUGGAAGAAAUUUGUGGAGUCUGAAUGCCCUGAAAAGGAGAAGUUUCCACAAGAGUGGAAGAAUAAGUCAGCUUUGCAGCAACUGUGUAUGAUGAGAGCCAUACGCCCUGAUCGCAUGACAUACGCCGUGAGAGAUUUUGUGGAAGAAAAGCUUGGGAGUACAUACGUGGUUGGAAGAUCUCUGGAUUUUGCAACAUCAUUUGAGGAGUCAGGACCUGCAACCCCAAUGUUCUUUAUCCUCUCACCUGGAGUCGACCCCCUAAAGGAUGUAGAGAAGCAUGGGAAGAAACUUGGCUACACGUUUAACAACCGGAAUUUCCACAACGUGUCACUUGGGCAAGGCCAGGAGGUGGUGGCAGAGCAAGCCUUAGACCUCGCUGCAGCAGAGGGACAUUGGGUUAUCCUGCAGGACACCCUGGAGAUGUGUAGCCGUGAGAAUGAGUUUAAGAGCAUCCUCUUUGCCCUCUGCUACUUCCAUGCCGUGGCAGCGGAAAGACGCAAGUUUGGGCCACAGGGCUGGAAUCGUUCAUACCCCUUUAACACUGGGGACCUCACCAUUUCUGUAAACGUUCUGUACAAUUACUUGGAGGCUAGUUCCAAGGUUCCCUACGAUGAUCUGCGGUACCUCUUUGGAGAGAUCAUGUAUGGAGGACACAUCACAGAUGACUGGGACAGGCGCCUCUGCAAGACCUACCUGGAGGAGUUCAUCAAGCCUGAAAUGCUGGAGGGAGAAUUCCUGUUGGCUCCAGGAUUUCCCCUCCCGGGAAACAUGGACUACAACAGCUAUCACCAGUAUAUAGAUGAUGCCUUGCCUGCUGAGUCUCCAUACCUUUAUGGCCUCCACCCCAAUGCAGAAAUCGGCUUUUUGACCCAAACCUCAGAAAAGCUCUUCCGCACGGUUUUGGAGCUGCAGCCUCGCGACACCAACCUAGGAGAAGGUGCCGGAGCCACCCGGGAAGAGAAGGUGAAGGCCCUGCUGGAUGACAUCUUGGAGAAGCUGACGGAUGAGUUUAACAUUCCUGAGCUGAUGGCCAAAGUGGAAGAGAGGACCCCAUACAUUGUUGUUGCUUUCCAGGAAUGUGAACGGAUGAACCUCCUGACUAGUGAGAUCAGGCGGUCACUGAGGGAGCUGGACCUGGGGCUGAAGGGCGAAUUAACCAUGACGAGUGAUAUGGAGACCUUACAGAACGCCAUCUUCUUAGACACGGUGCCUGAGUCGUGGACCAGGAGGGCUUACCCUUCCAUGGCUGGUCUAGGCGGUUGGUUUGCUGACCUUCUCAACCGUAUCAAGGAGCUGGAGACAUGGACAGGGGACUUCUUGCUGCCAUCUGUGGUGUGGCUGGCAGGAUUCUUUAACCCACAGUCUUUCUUGACAGCCAUAAUGCAGUCCAUGGCCCGAAAAAAUGAGUGGCCUCUGGACAAAAUGACCCUGCAGUGUGAUGUGACCAAGAAGAACCGUGAGGAUUUCACCAGCCCGCCACGGGAAGGGGCAUAUGUCCAUGGCUUGUUCAUGGAGGGUGCACGCUGGGACAUGCAGACUGGGCUAAUUGCUGAUGCCCGAUUGAAGGACCUGACUCCAUCAAUGCCAGUUAUUUUCAUCAAAGCCAUCCCUGUUGACAAGCAGGACACCCGCAACGUGUAUCCAUGUCCUGUCUACAAAACCCGCCAACGGGGCCCAACCUACGUCUGGACUUUUAAUCUGAAGACUAAAGAGAAGCCUUCCAAAUGGGUUUUGGCAGGGGUAGCACUCCUGCUGCAAAUCUAG